UCAAUCAAACAAAAUUUAACAGAAAAUAUAACCGUAAUUAUUUGUAAUUAAAAAAAAACUGUUGAAUUAGAUAGCCCUACGAAUAUAGUGUGCACAGUUACUUUAACUUUUCCAUGAAAUUGGAAAAUCGAAAAUUUGUGUUUUCGAAUAAAAUUGCAUGUUUUUGCGGUGUCUUGUUUGUAAAGCUUUCUUAAAGACUGCAAAGACUGAGUGUUUUUCAUCAUGUCUUAUCAAUUAUAUAGAAAUACGACGUUAGGCCAUACCCUUCAAGAGAGUCUUGAUGAACUUAUACAGUACGGUCAAAUAACACCUCAAUUGGCAUGUAAAGUGUUACUACAAUUUGAUAAGUCAAUAAACCAGACUUUGGCAACGAGAGUGAAGUCAAGAUUAACAUUUAAAGCAGGAAAACUUAAUACUUAUCGUUUCUGUGAUAAUGUAUGGACAUUUAUGCUUAACGACGUCGAAUUUAGAGAAGUGCAAGAAGUUACCAGAAUUGAUAAAGUUAAAAUAGUGGCCUGUGAUGGGAAAAAUGUGGCAGAUGAAGGAAGUUCAAAGAAAUAAUCUGUUUAUAAAAUAUGUGUGACAAGGGGACUGAGAAUUGGUCAUUUUUGUAUAUAUAACAAAGUGCUAUACAUGAAAGCUCAUGGAACUAGAGUAGAGACUAUUAAAUGUAUAAACAAAAACUGAGGAGUGUUAACCGUCUUUAAGUGUCUGUAGAUGUGUAACUUUUAAUUUUUCGUUAUUUGUGGGGUUAAAAGGAUUUGUUAAUUAUGUUUUCAUCAUAAUCAUGAUAUAUGCAACAAUGUUUGGUGUAAAUUAAUAAAUUAAGUUACUUAACCUA